GAGCAGAAGAAAGAGAGGACUUAUCUCCAGUAUCUAGCACUAUAGAGCAGAGGCUGUGUGGAGAAUGGCUGAAAAAUCAGAAUUAGUUGUAGAAGCAGUUUUCUUUCUGGUUGUGAGUAUGAGCCCGGCAGACACCAUGAGCGCUGUUGCAGGGGAGUGAGCCUGUGCUUGACACAUGUGUUUCCCAUUGAUAACUGGAGACAGCCCAGUAGCUGUGAGUCGGUCUGACAAAGUCAUAUUGAAGUACAGAAUACGGUUUCAAAGCAGUCAGAAAAAGAACGGGAAUGCUGUUCAGGAAAUUCUUCAGGCAUGGGCAGGGACUUGGCUGCAGUUCUGCAGUUGGAAAAUCUGACUGGGGCAGCUUCUGAGCAAAGGCUGGGCCUGCUCACACUCAGCGGGCCGAGUGGCCACCUCCUUCAGAGCUGCUCAGCACGCCCUGGGAUCACGGGCGGUUUUCAUCGGCCGGUUUGUGAAACGGACAAGAGAGAUGCCUCAGGAACAGUACACUCACCACCGGAGCACCAUGCCCGGCUCCGAGGGGCCACAGGUGUACAAGGUGGGGAUUUACGGCUGGCGGAAACGAUGCCUGUAUUUCUUUGUCCUGCUCCUCAUGAUUUUAAUACUGGUGAACUUGGCCAUGACCAUCUGGAUUCUCAAAGUCAUGAACUUCACAAUCGAUGGAAUGGGAAACCUGAGGAUCACAGAAAAAGGUCUAAAGCUAGAAGGAGACUCCGAAUUCUUACAACCUCUCUACGCCAAAGAAAUCCAGUCCCGACCAGGUAAUGCCCUGUACUUCAAGUCUGCCCGAAAUGUUACAGUGAACAUUCUCAAUGACCAGACUAAAGUGCUAACUCAGCUUAUAACAGGUCCAAAAGCUGUAGAAGCUUAUGGCAAAAAGUUUGAGGUAAAAACUGUUUCUGGAAAAUUGCUCUUCUCUGCAGACGAUAAUGAAGUGGUAGUAGGAGCUGAAAGAUUACGAGUUUUAGGAGCGGAGGGCACAGUGUUCCCUAAAUCUAUAGAAACACCUAAUGUCAGGGCAGAGCCCUUCAAGGAACUAAGGUUGGAGUCCCCAACCCGGUCUCUAGUGAUGGAGGCCCCAAAAGGAGUAGAAAUCAAUGCAGAAGCUGGCAAUAUGGAAGCCACCUGCAGGACAGAGCUGAGACUGGAAUCCAAAGAUGGAGAGAUUAAGUUAGAUGCUGCGAAAAUUAGACUACCUAGAUUGCCUCAUGGAUCCUACACGCCUACAGCAAUGAGGCAGAAGGUCUUCGAGAUCUGCGUCUGCGCCAAUGGGAGAUUAUUCCUGUCUCAGGCAGGAGCUGGGUCCACUUGUCAGAUAAACACAAGUGUCUGCCUCUGAAAGACUAUCCUUAGUGGACAUUGUUGGCAGCAUAAAGGCCUUUUUUGGCUUUAGACACUGGCUGCCAGCUAUUUUUACUAGAACACAGAAAGCCUAUCAAAGACCUUUUGUGUGUGUGUACGCGUGUGUGUGCGCUUGAGUGUGCUUGCGUGUGUGGGUGGAUAUAAAUAUAUAUAAAUAUAUAUAAAUAAAUAUAUAUAUCCUCUGUAUAAAAUGAGGUUUCAGUACAAAAGGAACCAUGGGUGACCCUGUGAUAUCCACUGUCAUUUUCCAUCCCAUCCCUACCACCUGUGUGACAAAAAUCUAAACACACGUCUGUCCCAACAUUCCCCAAACUAUUCAGAAUCACACAGCGUAUUGGACACUGACAGAAACUUCAUCUAGAUGUUCGAGUAGCAGCAUAUCUUCUCCCUUAGUGUCAUUACGAGGGAGUGAUGGCGGGAAUCUCAAAGUUGCACUCAAGCUCUGAGACCUUUAUAUAUCAAAAAUAGGCAUUUGAUUUCCUGCUUUAGCUUUAGUAAGGCUGGCUAACUUCCCCCUCUUCAAGCUAGGGACCGGCAAUGCUGUAGAAGUCAGCCAUAGGAACUCAAAAUGGCUGGCCUACCUUGGCUACCAAACCUAUUGGGGUUUUUGUAGUUGAAUGAAUGAGGAUGAAUUUCAGCAAAAUUUUGAACUGCUCACCCAGCUUCUGCUAUCUUGCUCCCUCCAAACUCACAGUCAAAUUAGGAGCUGUAAAUCAGCACAAAAUAAGAUAACAGCUGCUCCUCAGUCAGCUGGAAGCUACUCAAUGGCCUGAUGGGCAAUGAACAAAUGGGUGAUAUAUCUCUGUUUAAAGGAAAAAUGGCUUAAAAGCUGUUCUGUUCUCCCUUCUGACUUUAACCAAAAGAUUUCAACCCACAAUGGUCAGGUCAAUCAAAAUCCCUAAGAGCAGAACUCCUACCCCAAAAGCAGCCUGGAAGUCUAAUUAAGAGUAGCAUAAGGAACCUAAUUAUGUUUACUAUAUUUCUUGGGAUUGGUGGGUAAUGUCAAAACAUGCUCUUUAUUUUUAAAGGCAUGCACAAACUCUGACUUUGAUCUUAUAUAUUUUUUCAGUGCCGGGAUAUUCAUAUUCCUAAAUACACUAUUACGUUUUCUCUAAGAAGCACUACAUGCCACCAGAAUUGCUCACUGAAAGAUAAUACAAACUGAGUGUCUUUACUAGAAUCACUGUGUCCCCUGGGGCCCAGCAGUACCUGCUUCCCUGUAUGUGGAAGCAGCACCCUCAUUCCCGCCAUCAGCUACCUCUUAUCACCCCACCUUCAUCAUCAUGCUCCAGGGUCACCCUGGCCAGCUCUUGUGCUGGGACAGGGGAUUACACCAUCUCUGUUCAAAGAGGGGGAAAUGUGCCUAUGCCUUAAGUCAAUGCACUCAGCAAGGAGAAGCACAUCUUAUUUAUCUUGUUACCUAUCAUUUAUUUUGGGUAAUUGGAGGGGAAUGCUUUAGUUAUGACUGGACAUCUUAAAAGCCAAUAGACAAGCCAAAUGGUUGGCAGAUGUGGACUUCAAAGAGCCCAGAAUGAACUCAUCACUGGCUUAGACAGUCCUGGAUGCCAUUUGGAAAGCAGUGGCCCUGCAAGCCUAAAUGAAGUAGUAUUUGUAGGCCUGGGUGGCAUUUGGAUUUUUCUUUUCCCUCAACAAGGUUUUACUUUUUCUUACUUUACAAGCAAGGGAAGUUUUGUGAUAGGAGAGAAAUAAAAGAUAUGAUAUUUUUUGAGAUGACACUCAAGCAUCAGGCUGAGAUUUGCACACAUGGGAUGUAAAAGCAAGCUGUGUGUUGCUUAGUCACUUAGAAGUAAAUGGUGGCGGACAGCAACAUGAGUCCUAGCCUGGCCAGUGAUACUGCUGGUGUCCAGACCCCAAACUCACUCCAAGCACUCUUGUUCAAUAUCUCAUGCAGAAGAGUUUUGCUGGUCACUCUUAGGGGUGAGACCCAGUGAUAGGUUGGUUUGUAGCACUAAGGUCUAAAAAGGAAAACCAUAAAAGACAUCAGAUUACUCUGGAUCAGUAUAAUUAAUAUUCCCCAUAGGGCCAUGCUGCCAGAAUCUGUAUGUAUCAAUACAGGGUUUUUCCAAGCCAGGAAACGCCCUCCUUGGCUACUAGGAGCACCUAUCCCAUAUCAUUCAGAUAAACAAUAAUAGCUACAAAGUCGUUUGUGGCUAGAUAGGUUAAGACAGGUGAUUUUUUAAAGUGGACUGUCUUUGCAUUUUGCCUUCUUAAGUUCAUUAUCUUUGGAUGACAAAAAAGCAAAAAGUUCCCAGAACCUUUUUCCUUAGAUUUUGUUUAAUCACCACGUGAAAGAAUGAGCUUGGCAUCAAAAGUUUUAUGCCAAUAAAAGAGACUGGUGUGAUCCCACAUGCAAAAUUUAAUCCUAAGGGUAGUGAGAUCACAAAAUAGAAUAAAAAUAAGAGCAAUCAACAAUAUAAAUCAAGUACCUAUUGGGAACAGAUAUAAAAUUCUAUUUUUCAUUUAUGCUAAGUGACCACAAUAUACAAAGUAAUAAGCAGGAAAUUUGAUAUGGGUUAAAUUAUGCAUUGUGUUCAGAUUUCAGAAAUUGGUAGUAAAAUGCAUAAGUUUCUCAAUGUACAUCUUUUUAUCCCAACACCCUCAAACUAGAAUAUGUGUCCAUGGUCAUGAGAAAACAUUUUACCUGAAUUUUUGGGCGGGGUGGGGGGGAAGCUUUUACAUUAAAAUCUACUAAUGCCUACUUUUUAAAAAAUGAGAUUCUUUCUAAUCUUUAUAUAUGAUAUUUUCUAGACAAUCGCACCUUUGGGUAUAUUAAACAGCUGGUAUCAUAACAAAGAGUCCAAAUGAACCUUCAAUAUACUAGAAGUUCUAGUAUGUUAAUAUUGUUCAGAAGAUUUUUACAAAUUAAAACCUGAUUUCCAAAUAUGUUCAACAUUUACUUCUAUUUGAUAUCUGUUCAAGAAGUCAUAGAAGUCUUGGGAAACUAUUCAAGUAUCACAGAGGUUUUGAAAAGCCCUUAUAGUGACAUCUACCUAGGUAAAAGCCUGACAUGUGGCUUUAUAAUUGUUAUGUUACCCAAGGGAUAGAUGUUAUAAACUUCAACCGGCUUUGAACAUCCUUUAGGUCAUUUUCUCUUUGGAUAAUUUUCAUCACAUAUCCAGCAACCAUAGACCAAAGUUUGCUUGAGGUUUGACCCUAGAGCAGAGGUCGGCAAACUAUGACCUGGAAACCAAAUCUGACUCACCACCUUUUCCUGUAAAUAAAGUUUUAUUGUCACAUAGCCACAUACAUUCAUUUACAUGUUUUCUGAUUUUACACUACAGCAGCAGGAUGGAGUAGUUGUGUCAGAGACUAUGUAUCCCACAAAUCAUAGAUUACUUACUAUUUAGUCCUUUACAGACAAAGCUUCCUGACCCCGACCUAGAGGAUUUUGUGGUAUGCAUUGGAUAUAGCAGGAAAGAAAGCACAUUUCCAAACAGCAGUGAGUACACUUACAUUUCUGUGUCAGCUUGGGAAUAUAGUUACUUGGCAAAGUCUUUCAGGAAGGAAACCCUUCCUUAUGUUACAUGUGGAAAGCCUGCCUUCCAAGACAUGUGGAAGUAAGUGAUCCACCUGCCAGAGAAACACAGGCUCAGAGGAUUCCUGGGAACACGGAGGAUGGGAUUAGUGGAAGCUCAGUGAAAAAGGAAAGUUAUGAUCCUCCAAGACCCUUAAUAGAUAGACCAUACCAGGUUCUGCAGGUCAGCAUCAUUGUGUAAUGAGAACUGAAGUAGGGGACCCUGUGGUUUAAACUUAGAAUCUCUUUCCUGUAGGCUGUUUCUGCUGUCUAUAUUCAUAUAAAGUUUUCCACCUCACCCUCCCGAAGUCCAGAGGAAUGCCCAUUCCAUGGUCCUCUGGAGAACAGUUUUGACUUAACAUAUCUUUUUAGCCCACAUCACUUCAGUUAUCAACACUGCCACUGUGUUUAUUGUUCCUACAGCCACACCAGGCUUGAAGGGUUAGUGGGACCAAUAAAUAAUUGGAAGUUUUGGAAAAAGCAACUUAAAAUACAUGGGGACAAAAAAAAAAAAUACAGUAAAAUUCUUUUUAUCAAGCUGAUGCUGUGAGAAACAAGAUGAAUGCCAGUUUGGCUUUAUUUCUAAGAAUCUGGGUCUUCGUUCUCUGGUGUAGAAGGAAUGCAAAAAAUAAUAAUAAUUUGAAAAGACAUAUUCUGACAUCUCUGCUUCCGUGUGGUAAGGCAGGUUCCUAUCAGACAUUUAUCCCUUUGGUCAGCUCCCUUUUGCCUAUCCAGGGCUUCAUACUCAAUUUUGUUUAAAAAAAAAAAUAAAUCAGCUAUGGAUGAUUCUUUGGAAGUAUGAGUAGCAUGGUGGGGAGGAAGGAUUUUUUUUUUUAAUGUAAAUGACCCCCAUUUACCAGACCCUAUUCAAAGUCACUUAAGGGAAUCCCUCAGCCUUUUAUUUGGAAACAGCUGAAAUAAAAUUAAAUUGGCAACACUGCCCUAAGCAGCAGCUAGAUCAGAGUAUCUUGCUUUAUUUCAGGCCAAAGGUAGUAUGAGGUUUGGACCAAAAAGGUAAAUAGAUCCAUUCCAGCACCUGAUACUGAUUUUUCAAGGCUCUAUGAAAGGUCAAAAUUUCAUUAAACAAGACCAGUUCUCCCUCUUCCCCCCGUCCCAAGAAAUCUUAGGCACAAAAAGGAUAAGGAAACAGCUCCUGGAAUGAUACAUUUGCAUGGUGCCCUAGUAGCAGGUUGGGAAAAAGUUAUAAGAAACAACCUUCGAAAACAGGCCUUUUAUCUCAAAGAUAAAAUGUCUCUCUUGUGGUCUUUCAUCACUAUCUCCUUGGUGGACGGUUCCCCUAGUUCCAACAUAUUUCCAUUAAAAUAGUCAAAGCCACGGCAUUGGGAUGUCAGAUGCAUAUUUUUCUUUGCAGUAAUCGGAAUUUAAAAUUAUACAGUUGCCUCUGAAUUUCUCAUGCACAAAGCCAAACCACUGAUAAGAGAUAAAGCAGUCUGAAGCCUGCUGCUUCAGCCAGCACAGCACACCACACGCGUUUGCACUUUCAAAAGCAAUGUGAUUUCUAUGGUUCUUAAAAGCUUUCUUCAUAAUGGAGUCCUUGAAAUUUCUCAAGGCAGGUCUGAAUGGCAAAGGGAAAAUAAUUACUUGUUGGAGGUCCUCCUUUUGAGUAUUGUUAGAGCACACAUGUAAAAGAAAACCUCUUUGGGGCAACUCAUGCUCAUACAUGCUGUUUUCUUUGGUUCUCCCCCUACCUUCCUUUUGUAGAUAUUGAUAGAAUAGGAGGAAAUUAGCAUCCUUAUUUGAGAAAGAGCAAGAAUGUCACGAGCCCUUGAUGCAAUAGUAAGUGUGAUGUCAUAAUAAAGUACUAAUGAUGCUAUCAAAUCCAUCAAUAAACAGUCUCAAACCUUCCAACAACAGUGCUCACUGCUGCUCCUCAACUUCAGCCCAGCAAGCAGUAAUAUCAUAACCCAUUUUGAGAUUUGCAGGUGGAAUAGAACAAAGAAACAGUCACUGUAAACGAGACGCAUGUUUAGUGUCUAAAUCCACCUGUUGCAAUAGGAAGCCAGAGUGGAGUUCCAAAUGCCUCAUUAAGUAUGUGGACAGCCUCACUAGUAGGUGAGUGAAUUUGGCUUCAUCACUGAACAUUAGCUAAGGUCAGCUUAAUAACACAAAUAUGAGGCCAACUUCGUUGGGAGAAGAGAAAACAUCUACUUAAUCUAAAAUGUACCCCACAUGCUUAGAGUUGUCUAAUAGUCCCUCACCUUCCAAUGUCUUCACAUCCUACUUCUACAUUUGGAGUUUUUUGGUGAAAUCAGAGAUAGCUAAGAAUUUCAUAAAAUGAGAUACUCCAAACUGGUCUAUUAGGUUCCAUGGGAACACUGUAGCCAAAGGAUUGUCUGAGGGCAGGAAGAUGACACUUGUCAACAAGGAAGACAGUGUUUCUUUAGUUCCCAUAUUAAUCUAAUUCAUGGGGUUCUAACAUUUUGGGGGGCCAUGGAUUCUUUUGACAAUCUGAACCAAUCUAUGAAACUUCUCCCCAAAAAGAACUACCCCACCAAAUCUUGCAAAAUAUAAGAGAUUGUCCUGGAUCUGAAGCCUACCCUAAGACAUGGGAAGAGUUGCAUUCUAUUCUUCAAUUUAAAGAAUAUUUAUUAUUCAUCGGAGCUAUUGCUAGGCACUGUGCUAAACAUUUUACAUACAUUCUUCUAUUUCAUCCUCAAAACAAUCCUUUGAGUUGGGUUCUAAUAUAGUUCCAAUAUUCAGAUGUGAAAACUGAGGCUUACAGUGGCUAAGAAGCUUGCCCAAAGCAACUACCUAGAAAAUGGCAGAGCUGGAAUGCAGGUUUAUCUCCUGACCACUAUGCCAUAAAGUCACCACAUGUCAAACUAAUUUUCAAGUUGUUGGGACAUGUCCCCUACUAGAUUUUAAACUAGAUCUUCUUUAGUAGAUGAAGCUAUAGAACUGCUAUUUCCCUGCUUUCUGUAGUCUCUCACAGUGAUGCAUCUAUACUAAAGUAUAGAUACCCCAGGAGAAAAUAUAGAAAGCCUGCCUGAAUACUAGAAUCUAGAACAACAACAAAAAUUUAAUUUGUUCUGUGUAUGCUUAAGUCAAGCUUAAAAAAA